AGUGGCCAGGAAGAGGAGUGUCUGGGCUUCCCUGCUGAGACUGCUGGCCCCACGACCCGAACCCAGAUAAGCGGAGGAAGAUGGAGAUGGACAUUUCAUUCUUAAGAAGUUAUUAGAAGAACAUUCUUUACUGCUAUUGUCAUCUCAGCCUGAUUGACAGAUCCUGACACACCUUUUCAUAAAACACACUGUGACGUGCCAGGAAAACACCUUGACUGCUGACACUGUUUCUCGGAUCUCGAGUCUAAAAUGACCGGUAUUGUUUGUGUGUGACCGCCCAGAAACGACUAUAAAAGGUGUGAUGCUGCAUGUAGAGGAACAGAUUUGCGCUGAACCCUGAUCUGUAUUUCUCAGUCACAUCCAAGUAACAAGAAAGCACCAGAAUGCAGUACAUUGUCUUGGCCGCUCUGCUCUCCGCCUGUGUGCUGGCUGAUGUCCAGCCUCAGUACUACUCCUUCUCCGAUGAAGUGGGUUCAGGAAGUGGCAGCCCAUACAGUCUGAAAGGACAAGGCAAAAUCACAGCUGUCAAAGUGUGGGAGGCUUACGGCAACUACAUCUAUGGUUUCCAAUUCUGCUACGGCUACAUCUGGUCUCCAGUUGUUGGUCGCUAUUAUGGGUUGCCCCAGGAAAUGAAGCUGCAUGACGAUGAAUCCAUCAUCCAGAUCUCUGGGAAGUAUUCCCACUACCUGCAGUCAGUGGUGUUCACCACCACCAAGGGCCGCACACUAUACGCCGGCCAGCCCUCAGGGAAAUCCUUCAACAUGUAUGCCCCCGAAAACAGCAUGUCCCAGCUGUGUGCACUCACCGGACGCCUAAACGGAGGCAUCACCUCUCUCCAAGCUCACUGGGGCAUUCCGCCUUCCAACAGCACCGCCUUGUAUUGAGAAGGGUAACAGAGGAGUGAGAGCAUGUUUGCCUCAUCAAUUGCUGUCAGCAUUUGAUGUCACAAAACGUCAUGUUCAGAUUGUACAUGUUGAAAAUAUCCUUUCUCAGUAAAACGAUUGUUCUUUGAUCAAAAAAGUAUUGUUAAGUUGAGAGAACUUAAAUGUUGUUUACUAGAACCCUUUAAAACUUGUGAGGUGUGACUUUAAGCUGCAUACUUGGGCAACAAUGUGAAGUAACAGAGGGCAUUAUUUAGUAACUUGUACUGUUUGAAGGAUUAGCUCAUCCUGAGCUUGUUUUUGUCCUCUUGAUUUUUAUGUAGGAGCUUUUAGCAUAGCAAAAGAAAUGCUGUCACAUACAAAUGAUCAAGAUAUUGAUCAUAUUGAUUGUUUUUGAUACGUCACUUUAAUCCUGAUUUCAUUUUCUCCUUCCCUUAAGUUGAUCUUUUUUCUAAUCAUUGUUUUGCACUUGUUAGAAAUAUCUAUGGGAACAGAUGUUGAAUAAAAAUGUUGUUGUUAACUGAAA